AUGUCAGCGAUUAAAGUGAAUUUUGAGAUUGGACAUAAAGCGUCAUUAAAAUCUAAGAAGACACCAGAAGGAUUCACUCAUGACUGGGAAGUCUUCGUUCGCGGUCAAGAAGGCGCUGAUAUAAGUCAUUUUGUUGACAAAGUAGUUUUUCACCUGCACGAAACUUUUCCUAAACCAAGAAGAGUUGUUAAAGAACCACCAUUUUCCAUAAAUAAUACUAAAAAAUAUAAAACAAAAGAGUUCAAAGAAGAGGUACCACCUAAAACCAGCAGUUUUGAAAAUUUAUUUGGGCCUCCUAUUCAAAAGCCACCUAAAGUUUCUCCAGAUCCCAAAAAAGUUGAGAAAAAUAUUCCUACUGUUAAGCUAGAGAAAAAGAGCAAAGAUAGAUCAAGCUCUGAUAAAAAAUCAAAACAUGAACAUAAGGAGCCCAAAUCCGAAAAAAUUAAAGUAAAAAAUGAAAAAGAGAAAACAAGAUUUGAAAAGGUGAAAAAUCAUAAAGAGACUGAAAGAUCAAAAGACAAACCAAGCAAAAGGCCAAAUGAAAGACCUCCUUCACCAGAGAUAGUUAAAAAACGCUGUGUUAGUCCAGUAAGAAGGCCACCAAGUCCAUCACAAAGAUCUAACAGUGCAUCCAGCAUAAAAGAAGAAUAUAAAUCAAAACAUAUAGCGGAAAUAUUUGAAUCCAAAAAGCCAAAAAAUGAAAUUGAAUCAAGACCUGUUGAAAUCAAAGUAGAAAAAGAGGGUAAAGAGAAAAAGAAAAAAGAAAAGAAAAGCCAUGAUAGGGACAAAGAGAGAAAGGAAAAAAAAGAGCACAAGAAGGAAAGUCAUAAAUUAAAAGAGUCACCAAAAGAGCAACUUAAAGAACUGACGAAAGAAAGCCCAAAAGUCAAAGAAGUAAUAAAAGAAAAAGAACCAAUAAAAGAUUUGUCUCACACAAGAGAUAAACCACCAAAAUCUGAAAAAGCAAUUAAUAAAUUUUCAAUAGAAAAUCUAAGAAAAACCCCUCCACCAGAUGGUGAAGAAAAUGUAGAAGGUCGUAAAAUAAAAGAAAAAGGUGAUUCAGAAAGAAAGCACAAGCAUAAGAAAAAAGAUAAAAAAAGGGAUGAAUCAAAAGAAAAGCACAAAGAAUCAAAUAAAGAGAAGAAAAAUAAACAUGAAAAAGUUAAGGAGCCUCCACCAGAAAAACCUGAAAUAAUUGAGCAUAGAGAAACACCAGGCCUCAAGGAACACUUAAUACCAGAGCCAGCAUCUCCUAUAUCUAUUGACACAGCAUCGCAAUGUAGUUCGAAGAGUGGUCAAGUAAAGAAUUCACAUAUAAGCAUAGAAGAUGUUAAUAGUAGUCAUUCAGAUUCUGAAGUGUCAAUAAUAGCUGAUGAUGAUGAUGUUAAAGAAAAGAUUGAAAAUCCUUCUCCUGUUAUAAAGCAUGAGCCCUCACCAGAACCAGAACCUGAACCAGAACCAGAAAUUGAACCCGAGGUAGAACCUAUUGUUGAGGCUCCACCAGUACAACAAAAGGAGAAAUCUAAAAAACACAAGGAUCGUUCAUCAAAACGUGAGGAGAAGCGUCGGAAACGAAAAGCAGCGGAGGAAGAAGAAAUUGAGAGUAGAAAAAUUGUGAAAGCUAAUGAAUUAGGUACUGCAAACAAUGAAACUGGUGAAAGUAGUGGAUCAGUUUCGGCCGAAACUAAAGUGCAAGACAAUGGUGUGUCCAGUAGCCUGGGUGAGGAUGCUGAGCCUGGGGACUUAUCACCGGACUACAUGGUACAACUGCGAGGUCUACAGCAACGUAUAAUGAUGAUCAAGAACAAUGAAGAUUUAGAAAGGGUUGUGAAUCUUAUCGCUGAGACCGGAAGAUACGAAGUGACUACUCAAACAUUUGAUUUUGAUUUAUGUUUAUUAGACCGCUCAACGGUGCAGCGGCUGAUACAGUUAGUGGGUUGC